UACACAAGAGAUCAGGUUCACAACCAGCAACUCAAGUCUCUCUCCUUGCCAACCAUCAAAGUCUUCUCUGUUUCCCAAGUCCUCUGAAUUCUUUUUCUUGUUCUAAUUUUCCACUUGAGAAUAUAAAAACCAUGGGAUUCCGGUUGCCAGGAAUUUUUAACUCCAAGAAGGGUCUAAACAAGGCUGCUACUUCAAAGACCUUAGACAUCCCAAAAGGCUAUUUUGCAGUGUAUGUUGGGGAGAGCCAGAAGAAGCGAUUUGUGGUUCCAAUAUCAUACUUGAAUGAGCCUUUGUUCUUGGAUUUGCUGAGUCAAGCAGAAGAAGAAUUUGGAUAUGAUCAUCCAAUGGGUGGUAUCACAAUCCCCUGCAGUGAUGAAACCUUCAUUCAUCUCACUUCCCGCUUAAGUGUAUGAAUAAAGGCAAAUGAAGUGAAUCUGGUUCAUAUCCAAAUCAGCCUCAGUUCGAUCAGAAGAACUCGCCAUGUCAAGAUGAAGUAGAGGCUGUGAUUGAUCAUAUGCACAUUUUUCUGUUGCUUAUGAAUCUGGAAGCUUCUUUGAUGGUCAAACUGCUUGUGAGCUGAGCACGAAGUUACAAAAUUUGUGAAGCAGUCGAAUGGCGAUAUCAUGAACUCUCGAAGACUAUUGAGCCCAAAAUCAUAACUCCAAUUUUGAACUGGAUGACAAGAAGAUUUGUCUUUUAAGCCAUGUACAAUUCUUAAUGUUUUGUUCUCUGGGAAACAUGAGAAAAUAUAAUAUAUUUUGAUUCCUCAUA